CAUUCUAGUGGCAACAUUUCGUUUCAGAGUGAAGAGCGGAAAGAUCUCAGUUUCCCAAUCACUCUCUCUCCGUUCGCGACUCAGCAAUGGCGAUUAUCUCCGAAUUCAACGAAGAGGACCCAAAACCCUCUCCCUCCCAACCCCAACCCUCUCCCUCUCCCUCUUCCUUCACCGCCCCUUUCGACCGAUCAAAUCCCCUCGCUUUCCUCAACCGAGUCUUCGAAUUCGUCGCCCAAGAGACCGACUUUCUGGUGUCCGACGCGGCGGAGAGGCAGAUUGUGUCGCUCGUCCGCGCCGCUGGCAAGAAGAAGAGAGACGAGCUCAGGGCCACCGAGGAGAGAGAAAAGGCCGAGAAGAAGAAGAGAGAGGAACUCAAGGCCACUCAGGAGAGAGAAAGGGUUGAGAAGAGGUUGAAGGAGGAGAAGAACCUCAAGGCGGAGAACACCGACAAAGACGAAACCGCCUCCAAAGUUCCAAACAAAGGUAAUGGCAUGGAUCUGGAGGGUUACUCUUGGACUCAGACUCUUCAAGAGGUUAAUGUGAAUGUACCCGUGCCAAAGGGAACCAAAUCAAGGUUUGUCAUCUGUGAGAUUAAGAAGAACCACCUAAAAGUUGGGCUCAAGGGCCAACCUCCGAUCAUUGAGGGGGAGUUGUAUCGGUCUGUCAAGCCUGAUGAUUGCUAUUGGAGCAUAGAGGAUCAGAGUGCACUUUCUAUUCUUUUGACCAAGCAUGAUCAAAUGGAGUGGUGGAAAUGUCUUGUGAAAGGUGAUCCUGAAAUUGAUACCCAAAAGGUUGAACCUGAAAACAGCAAACUUUCUGACCUGGAUCCUGAGACACGACAGACUGUUGAAAAAAUGAUGUUUGAUCAGAGGCAGAAAUCUAUGGGCCUUCCUACCAGUGAUGAGCUCCAGAAGCAGGAAAUUUUGAAGAAAUUUAUGUCUGAGCAUCCUGAGAUGGACUUCUCCAGGGCUAAACUAUCAUAAACGGCGCAUUACCCUUGACAUGCUUUUUUGGAAUUUGCAUUACUAUUAUUAUUAGAACAUGCAGUUUGGUCUAGCUCUUAUCCUUUACUAGUGGUACCUUUGGUCGUUGUUUAGUAUCUUGCUCCCUUGUUUUUUGCUGUGAACACAAUGAACUUUGUUCAUAAUAGUUUUUUUUUUGGAUGAAGAAUUUGCUGUGCAAAUAGUAUUACAUUUUACAACUUUUUAAAAUAUCCCGGAAUAUUUAUUUUCGGUGCUGUAGGAGGAGUAUAAAAGUUAUCUAAAUGUUAGAUUUAUGUUUACAACGAUUGGGAAUGAAAAAUUACUUCGAGGA